GUUAAAUGGUGUUAGCCAUUUAGCCAAUAUAGCCAAGAUUUAUAACUUACCCUUGCUCUUGCAUGGAAAUCAGUGAGUCAUGGAAAAAUCUGUGAAUGCAUCAAGUGAUUUAGCACAUGUGGCUCAUAUGUGAGAUUGUAAUGAUGACAAUGAGUCUGACACUCGAAACCAGAUACCUACAACUGAACUGGAAUGUGUAAGAACCAUGACUGAAACUGCACUUUGCACUGGUACGUUCACUGCAGUAAAGACGCUUUGGGAAGUGAGAAUUCAGAAAAUAAAUGAAGAACUCCAGAAGGAAAAGGAAUUCAGACAGAGGGCUGUAGGAAGAUUGGUAGUUGUCUGGGAAGAGAGAGUGACUUUAGCCAAGCUUAAAAAAAAAGUAAUUUCUGAAGAUGGAAGAGCUAUUUUAAAGAUAGAAGAGGAGGAAUGGAAGACACUACCUUCUUGCUUAUUGAAAUUAAGCCACCUCCAGGAAUGGCAACUCCAUAGAAUUAGUUUGAUGAAGAUCCCUGAAUUCAUUGGAAAGUUUCAAAGUCUCAUUGUGCUGGACCUGUCCCGAAAUUCAAUUGAAAAGCUACCAAAAGAGAUUGGCCAGCUGACUAACCUCCAAGAGCUGCUUCUCAGCUACAAUAAAAUUAAGUCUGUUCCUAACGAGUUAAGUAACUGUGUCAGCCUGGAAAGAUUGGACCUAGCUGUGAACAGAGAUAUCUGUGACCUUCCUCUUCAGCUCAGUAAUCUAAAGAAACUUUACCAUAUAGAUUUGUGUAUGAACCAGUUUACUACCAUUCCUUCAGCUCUCUUGAACAUGCCAAGUCUAGAAUGGUUAGACAUGGGCAGCAACAAACUUCAGCAACUUCCUGACACCAUUGACAGAAUGGAAAACCUGCAUACUUUAUGGCUCCAACGAAAUGAAAUAACCUGUUUACCAGAAACCAUCAGUAACAUGAAAAACUUAAGCACUCUUGUCCUCAGCAGCAACAAACUCCAGAAUAUUCCUGCUUGCAUGCAGCACAUGACAGAUUUGAGAUUUGUCAACUUCAGAGACAACCCACUGGAACUGCAGGUAACACUUCCCCCAUGUGAGAAUACUGAAGAGGAGGAACGGGAGCUAUUUGGUAUUGAGUUCAUGCAUAUAUACAUUCAGGAGUCACUCAGGAGAGCAGUGCUGACACUAAACAUCUGAAACAACAAAAUGAAGAGACACUUAUUGGUAUAUGCCUAAAAACUGGUAAGUCUAAAUUCUCCAAGUGAAAUAUCCUUAUCAGUCACGUCCUUCAAGUUUCAGACGAGCACUUUUGUAGUUGAUCUUCAUAUACUUUUGGGUUUAGUUCACAGUGGGUCUGUCUGUCCACAUGAUAUGUUUACUGUGGAGCUCCCUAAUUGCUCCACAGUAAGCGUUGCAACAUCUACACAUGCAGCCUCAUUAAGGUGCUGUAAACUAAUAAGCUCCACAGCAGGGUAGUACUUGUAAAUACAAGUACUAUCCUGCUGCAGAGGUUUUUUUUGUUUUUUUGGUUUUUUUUUACUGUGCAGCAACACAUGUAGAUGCUGACCCAGCUAGAUGGGUACGAGGGUGAUUCAGUGCAGGGGCUUCACUUAAGCCCUGCACUGAAGCACCCUUGUGCCCCAGCUGGCCCAUCUGCAACAUGCUGAGCUGGGCAGGAACAGCUCUAGGUUGGCAGACUGAUCUCUGGGGCCCCUGCCAGCCAGGGCUGCUCUGACCUGGCUCAACGUGCUGUGGUCCCAGGCGCACGUUCAAACAGCAUGCCCAGGAACAAUAAACUCCACUGCAAUAAAUGCUGGAGAUUAUUGUUGCACCUUAAUUAUGUGUGUAGACAUGCCCAGUAUCUUCAAAGAUUUAGAAAACUACCCUAAUUUUGGCACCAACAAAAUAACCAAGAAUAAAUACACGAUUGCCUGCUGCUUGUUCAGAAGCAAUUUUCCUGGCAAAUGCUUUUUCCCAGAGCGGUACACAGCCAUCACUAUUAAAGUUGGCACCCAAACAGGAAGGUGAACAAAUAUAUAAUUUAUCUCAUGUAUGUUAAAAGCAAAAGAAUAACAUUGACUUGUGCUCAAAAGAACAAACUAGAUGGAGAAAGGGGAAAAAUACUAGCUAUUAACAUGACACAGGUAGUUCUUUAAUACUAAAAUAUGCCUGAAGUGACAAAAUAUGUAUUCCAAUUAAUCUCCUUUUGUUCUUUAAUCUUUGCAGAUAUUCAACACCAAAAGAGUCACAAAAUAUUUGAUUAGUUCUACAGAACACAAUUUAGAAUAUUUCACCCCAAAAUUAAGCACUCACCA